UUAUUAUAAAAAAAUGGAUUCUUCUGCAUAUUAAUGACCAACUUGUUGAACACUUCCUCCUUUUCGUCUGAGGCGAAGAAAUAUACGACAGUGCUCUGCUCGUCUCUUUGGCGUCAGUCUUCUUCAGUUGACUUGAUUUUCUGUUAGUAGAAAUUGAUGAGAUGAUGAUGGGUCAUGGUUCUUGUGGUUAUGGAGGAGGAUCUUCGCCUUCACCUUCUAAUUUAUCGGCUUUAGCUCCUCCUUUCACAGUUGAUCGGUCUGUACCAAAACCGGGUUCGAACCCACUUGUUGAUUUGACUGAACCGGCUUAUGCUGUUACCUUCAAUCCCUCUUUGCAGAAUUGGCUUGGCCCUCACCCUCCAAAUUCCAGACCCGAUUAUUUUUCUAUUUCAAAUCCGGAAUUUGAUUCUGUUCCGUCCUCAAAUGCAUAUAGGUUUUCUUCAUCCAAUGCCCAUGUGCCUGCUUUUGACGCUUCUGUCUCGGCCUCAACUGAUACCAUUUUGUAUGGCCAAGGUUCAACUAGCCUUCUUGAAGCUAAACCAUAUUAUCCCUCCUAUGUUUCACCCACAAUUUGCAGUGAUGGUCCCUUGGGGCUCUCCCACCAUUCUGGUUAUGAUUUAUUGACUACUUCUCAUGUUGCUACAUCCAACGGUUCCUCUCAUGAUGAUUACACCCAAAAUUUGUCUGGUUUGGAGCAUGUGGCCCAGUGGGGUGGCUUGUGGGAGGGACUUGCAGAUUGGCAGCAGAGUGAACAGGUGCAACUUGAUGCAAGUUUCUGCCCUAAUGAGAAAUUUAUUAAUCAAGGGUUGUAUGCUUCUGAUGGCAUGAGCAAAUAUGAAGAAGCUUCUUGUAGCAUUGAUACAGUUGGUGGGGAAAACCACAUUGAGUCUGCGGGCAUAGGACCGUUGGAUUAUUUUGCUAAGUUCGAACCUACUGACUAUCCUGCAACUUCAAGCUCAGCAUCUACUUUAGUUCCAGAAAACUUUCCUCUUCGGGCACCAUCCCUAAAAGCUGUCAAUUCCUGGAACCAUCAAAUGCCAUACAGUGCUUCACAUGAAAAAUGCUUCAGAAAGCAUGAUGCUAGUUUAAGUGAUAUUUCAAAAGUCAAGAAUUCUGCACCUACUGUCGUCAUUAGACCUCCAGAUACAAGUUCAUUUAGAAAUAUGAAUAAUAGCAGUGAUGAAGAUAAUAAAGAUUUUGCUAGCAACAACCUCUCUUGUGUGAAGGAACCUCAUCCAUUUAUAAGCUCCGAAUGCAAUGUUUGCUUUGAUGCUAGCCAAGUAAGAUUCCAACUGGAACAAAACGAUCAGGUCAUUUCGGAAUUUUCCUCCGCAAAAAAAGAAGAGCUGUCAAGCAAUAGAAGUUUUUCUGUGGAAACUUCGGAUCAUCUUUCAUGGGAAAAAUAUGGAAUUCAAGUUCCUCAUAGAAGUCCAGAUGGCUUCAAUUUAGUCAUUGAUAAAAAUGAAUCCAUCAAUCCUAUAAAGAAUUAUUCUGAGAGUUUUGAUCAUUACAACUCUGCAGUAGACUCUCCAUGCUGGAAAGGAGCUCCAGUUUCUCAUUUUUCUGAGUCUGAAGUUUCUGAUGUUGUUACUUCGCAGAAAAUGAAAAAGUUAGAGGCUUGCUGUGGCUCAAAUCUUCAAGGUCAUCAAAUUUUCAGUCUCAAUGCCAAUGAUGCUGCAAAAAUAUCCCCUGAAAAAUUCAGCGAAAGCUCAGUACAACAUGAUGGUUGGGCAAUGGAAAGUUGUUUAGCUGCUUCUCUGAAGAGGCCCUUGGUAGCUAAUUUGCUGCAUAGUGAGGGAAUUGAUGAUGCUGUGAAAUCUGGACCCCAUGAUACAAAUCCUAGCAGUUUCCAUGGUGUUCAAAUUUCUGAUGAUGCCCUGCCUAACAAAGCAAUUGAUAAUUCUGAUCAUAAAUCCCCUUACAAUGACCAAAAAUGUUGUGAAGAAGUUAAAUGGACAUCUGAAAAAAAUUGUGCACCCCGGGGUCAUGUUGCCGAUUUUGGGAUGAAUAUGAAUGAUGAUGCUGAUGACUGCUCAUCUCAUGUGCCAUUCCAUGCUAUAGAACAUGUAUUACGUUCACCACCUUCUGCAGAUGAUGCUCCUGCUAAGCUCACUAAAUCACAUGGAGGAGAAUCAACACAGAAGAUGUAUGUUAGAACACUGAUUGAUACCAUCAUGAACUUGUCAGAAUUACUUGUCUUUCAUUUUUCAAAUGACACAUGUGAAAUGAAGGAAGAUGAUUAUGAGGCACUUAAAGAUGUGAUCAAUAAUCUUGAUUUGUGUGUUUUAAAGAAUGUGGAGAGAAUGACUUCAACACAAAACUCUGUGAUUCCUCGGAGAGUCAAUUCUCAACUUGGAAAGUCAUCUAAGCUGCAGAAGGGUACAAGUAUGAAUGGUUCUCAGGUAUCUAGAAUUGAUCCUCCUAAUUCUCAAGGCUCAGUCAAAUAUCAGCGUGUCCAGGAGGAGGAGCAUAACAUUGUUUCUGAAAAGAAUGAUGAGAAAUUGUCAACUUUUGUGUAUGCAAGGACUGGUGCUCAGGUAUCUAGAAUUGAUCCUCCUAAUUCUCAAGGCCCAGCCAAGUAUCAGCAUGUCCACGAGGAGGAGCAUAACAUUGGUUCUGGGAAGAAUGAUGAGAAGUUGUCAAAUUUUGUGUUUGCAAGGACUGCUGCAGACAUAUUGAAAGAUGAAAAUAUGACCCAGGCUAUAAAAAAGGCCCUUAGUGAGAAUUUUCAUGGCAAGGAAGAAAGCGAUCCACAAGUUAUUUUGUACAAGAAUCUGUGGCUUGAGGCAGAAGCUUCACUGUGUACUGCUAGUUGUAUGGCCCGCUUUAAUCAAAUGAAGAGUGAGAUGGAAAAAUUGAACUCACAAAAAGUUUGCGAAAAUACUGUGGUUAUGGAGAAGCCAUCAGGGUCCAAGGUUUCUUCUGAUCUGUUCACAUAUAAGAUGUUGGCAUCUGAUAGUAAGGGCAGCCCUUUCGCAGAUACUUCCAUUCGAGAGUCAUCUAUCUUAAGCCCAAGCAGCCAUACUGAUGAUGUUACUGCCAGAUUUCACAUCUUAAAGUGCCGAAUCGACAACUCUAACACUUGGAAUACUUCUGGUGAAGACAAAACAUUAGGUUCGGCAGAGAAGAAGUCUAGUUCUGAUGUUUCUCCCAAUUCAAACGAUGUUGACAAAUUAGGAUGUGAAGACACAGAUGGCCACAAGCCAGAUGUAUCCAUCCAAGAUUCCUCUAUAUCAAGUACUAUCAGCCCUGCAGACGAUGUUGAAGCUUCUGUCAUGGCAAGAUUUCAUAUUCUGCAAUGCCGGGUUGACAAUUUGAAUUCCAUGGAUAAAGAAGAGCACCAGAGAGCAAGUGAUGAUCUUGGUCUUGGAAAUGCAGGUUUCCAUAGGCAUUGGCCAAUUGAUCAAGAUGGAUCACUGGACAGAAUUCUGGAUGUAAAUAUGGAACCUCAGUCACAAAAUAAUGCCUGUAUGUCUACUGAAGACAAAUCUACCAUCAAGGAAUUCCAUCUCUUCGUCAAGGAUGAUCCAAUAACCCAAUCUCGCAUGACCAGUAGGCUAGGGGAUCAAUCUCAUGCUGGCUCAUCAGAUUGGGAACAUGUAUUGUUGGAGGAGCUUGCAGGGCAGAACUGUUGAACCUUGAGUUAGAUUCUUAAGUAGUCUUCAAUGGUGGAUGAUAUCUUUACUGUGGAUGAAUAACAUGAUGUAUAUAGUGUGACUGGAAAUGCUUUUUUUUUUUUGGUUGUUUUGAGAAGCGUUGGACUGACCAUGUAAAAUGCUUUUAAGACUUAAUGAAAUUUGUAUAUCUA